UGCAUCGCGCAGUCGGAAGAAUAAUGUUUACAUUUUGGUGUAGACGAUAUUUACCGAGUUUAUGUCUUCCUUCGCGAUUUGUUUGGUUAUCAAAUUAUGCUAUUCAUUGCAAAAAUUUUAUAAUGAAAUCUUAAAUAUGAUAAAAUAAUUUAUCUUAUUGUGUUGUCAUAGUAAUAAAAAUCUAAAAAUGGGUGGUUAUGUGAGUAAAAUUGCGUGGAUGUCAAAUGUCGCAGUUAAUUCUGUUUACCGCGGACGAAAAAGAAAGUGUAUUGAAGAAGAUAAUUGUGAUUCAGAAUCUGAUUUCAUCGAUAAAACGCUACAAACACCAAAAAAAAGAAAAUUACUGACGACUGCACAAUAUAUAUACAAAACUCUGUUUCAAGAAGAAAAAGGAAGUGAUAUAACGGUCUCUAUGUUAGGAAGACCAUGGAAAUUGCACAAAGUUUAUAUAAGUCAAAGCCCAUAUUUCGCUAGUAUGUUUUCUGGAUCAUGGAAAGAAACAAAUGAGAAGUUUGUUAGUGUAGAAAUUACUGAUCCUAACAUAACAACAGAAUCUCUAUCAAUUGUUUUGGGAUCAUUUUAUCAAGAUGAGGUGAGCAUAGAGCCAAAAGACGUCAUAUCAAUCUUAGCCACAUCCACAUUAUUCCAGUUACAAGGUUUAAUUGACCAAUGCACAGAAAUAAUGAUUGAAACGACAAACAUUAAAACUGUCGUUCCUUACUACAAUGCAGCAGUGUGCUACGGAGUUCCUAGUGUAAAAGCAGCUGCAAAAAGGUGGCUAGAAGUUAAUUUAUUAGGAUACGGAUGGCGAUAUCCUUCUUUUCUUAAAGAAAUAACUCCAGAACUGAUGGUUGAAUUGAUAGAAAGUCCAGAAUUGGUUGCUAUGCAGACUGAAUUUUGCACAUACAUGAUGCUAAGAGAAUGGCUUUUCAUUCACAUACAAAAUAAAGAAGAUACUGGAGAAGUAGACGAAUAUUUUAAAAAACACUCAUGGACUGAACCACUGCUUGACACACCUUUAGGAAAACAAUACGCAGGACCAUUUAAAGCUUUACGAAUGAAAUAUUUAUUACUUCAUGAUCAAGAUGUUAAAAUUUUAUACAGUGAUAAUUUAAUUCCCUCUGAAUGGCUUCAUGAUGCUUAUAGAGAACAGUGGCUACAUUUACUCCGAAUUGAUGCUAACAAAGACCGUGGACCAAGAAAAAUGACCGAAGAGGAAUUUGCUAAAGAGUGCUUUAGGUGCGGACGAUGUGUAGAAAAACCCGGAGAUCAUUUGUGGAGAUGGACGGCAUUUCAUUUUGGAUUGGAUUUAGUUGUUUAUCUUGAUAUCACUUCACUGAGAAUACGAAGAAAUCAUCGGAUUGAUGUAGAUCACAUUACUGCAAAUCAUAGUAAACGUAACAUAAUAAUCAAAAUAUCUCUAAUUUCAUUAGACGAACAAAGACAAAUUAAACAUUGCCAAAAUUCAGGAGUGCUCAGACUUUCUUUACAUAAAAAUGAAGAGAAACAAGUUAUGUCUUUAGACAAACAAUUGACUUACCCGCUGUAUAUAUCAGUCAAUAUGCAAGUGGUAACGCCCUUCUCUGUACCAGAAGAAGAUAAAUCGACAGUUGUAACGACAAAUCCGUAGUCAAUAAAACCAGGAUUUCCAAUCAAGCUCAAAUUAUUGUCAUGAGUGCGAUAGUGCUGGAAACACGUAUUCACCAUGGUUUCAUUGCUAUUCUAGUCUUGAAAGUCACAGAGAAACUGUUAUGGUAGAAUUGACCGAAUAAAAAAAGAAACGAGGUAAGAAAACAAAUUCUAAUUUGUACUGUAAACUCUAUUUUUGAUGAAGGGGACAUUAGUAAUGUAUCAAAGAUAUUUUUUUUAUAAAUAUUUAUUUAUAAUAAUUCUAUCGAAUUGUUAAACAUUUUCUACUAUAAUUCGUAGAAUUAAAUAAAUCUCUUACGUAGACUUCUAGUCUUGCAAUCAAAUAAAAUAACUAUUCUGCUUAUUCUUUACUGUUAUUGAUCUAUUUGAGAUUUUUGUAUCCGAAAAAUGAGUGUCAAUAGAAUAUUACAUCAACGUAAAUUAGUAAUUAUUAUUCUCAUGUUAAGGUAAAUUUUUUUACUCAUAAAUAUAUUCUAUUGAAACUAACAUUGUUUCAUGUACUGCAAUGAUAUUGGAAAAGAAUGUGUUCAAAGAAAAUAUUAAAUUAAUUUGAAAUGCAUCAUUCAAAAAAAUAAUUGAUUAACAAUAAGCAUAAAAUGACAGAGAAAUUUCUAUUAAAUUGAUUUCUAGAGUCAAAAAUUCAUCAAGAGGUCAAAUAAAAAAAUGCAUUCCGGCAGAAAUUAAAAAAGCGUGUCAUAAUAUUAAGGGUAAGGGAAAAUAAUAAUUAAUAUAAAUACUUACUAUAAUCUUACUACAAGUAUGUGCCUUCAAAAAUAUUGACAUAAGAAAAUUUUGUAUCUGCAGCUGAAUAAUUUGAAUUUGGUAAACGGCCUUUUUAUGCAUUUUGAGAUGUAUUUCACUUAUUUUUUUUUUUAUUAUUUCUACCAUUAUAAUGAAUGUACAUUAUCGCGGUUGUGUACUUUAUGAUGAAUAUUUGUUGUAACUAAUAGAGAUGCUAUUAUUGUUAAGCCUCAUUCUUUCCAGUUCAAUGGAAACAAAGUUUAAACAGCCAGUUAUUUUGAUUGUAAUAUACAAUAUUUUUUCAAGCUUCCUCAGGGCUGUGACUUUGUAUUUUGUACCUGUCAUUGAUGUAUAAUUAGUAUGCAACAAUAAACUUGUCAUACAGUCUGGUGGAA